AUCACACAUCCUUAAAACACAAAAAACAACCAAACACAAACUCCCUUAUCUCCAUCACCUCAUCUCUCAAACAUGUUACUCCGAUCCCUUUGUUCCACACCCACCAUCUCCCAAUGCUAUCUCCACCACCAACAUCGCCGCCAUGCCACCGUCAUAUCCAUGGCCAAACAAACCGACGACCAAGUGUCCACCACCGGAGUUACUGAAACACUAGCAAUAGCCGGUGGCUUAAUCGCCAACCCGGUUAUUGGCUGGUCUCUUUACACCCUUAAGACCACCGGCUGCGGGCUGCCACCGGGUCCUGGAGGGUCCAUUGGUGCAUUGGAAGGGGUCAGUUACUUGGUGGUGGUGGGCAUUGUGGGCUGGUCUUUGUAUACUAAGUCGAAAACCGGUUCGGGUUUGCCUAAUGGGCCGUUUGGAUUGUUGGGUGCCGUUGAAGGGUUAUCUUACUUGUCGUUGGUGGCCAUCUUGGUGGUGUUUGGACUGCAGUUUUAUCAGCAGGGUUCGAUUCCCGGUCCGGUCCCGGUUCCUGGUGAUCAGUGCUUUGGUUGAGAUGUGUGUUGAGUUUGUGACGCAUGGAGUUUUAUAUAGUUUGAUUGUUGUGUGUUCAAUGCAAUGUGUGUUGUUGUUUUUACAAAGUUGUGAUGAUCUUUUGUUUGAAUAUAGUGACUAAAUUAGUAUUUACAUUUUCCCUUUAAUUAACUAAAAGUGUGAUCCUAAUUAAUAUAUGUAUUCUUAUGUGUCUAAGAGAAUUGGAAUACAACCCAACAUUAUGGUUU